CGAUGAAGAAUCCAAAGGCGAAAGGUGGCCAUGGCGGCCCUCCGCCUAAAGGGAAAAAAAACGAUUUGCAGGGGAAGAAGGAGGAGGAGCGCACGAGCACGGGGCAACGAGAAGAAUGGCCCGUGAUUACAGAUCAGAGAUUUGCUCGCCUUCACACAGAUCCAAGGUUCCAGAUUAUUCCGAAAGCGAAGCAGAGGAUCGCAAUUGACAAGAGAUUUCAGAGAAUGUUCACGGAAGAAGCAUUCCAAGUGAACGCAGCGCUCGAUAAACGCGGGAGGGUCAACAGACAGGAAAAGCGCGGGGAAGAUCUGAGGCGGUUUUAUCAACUGGAGCUGGAAGAAGAAGAGAAGAAGAAACAAGGGAAAGGCAAAGAAGAGGAGGAAGAAGAGGAGGAGGAGGAGGAGGAGGAGGAGGAGGAGGAGGGGACGAAGAAGGGGAAAAAGCAAGGGAAAGCAAAGGACUGGGACAACGAAGAGGAGAGCGAAGAGGAGAGCGAAGAGGAGGAAGAGGAGGAAGAGGAGGAAGAGGAAGAGCGGAAGGGGAAAAAGGAAAGGACACAGAAAUACAGGCAAGCCAAAGUCAAAAUAGCAAGAAAAGGAAAGGAGAUUCUCGAGGAGGAGGAGGAGGAGGAGGAAGAGGAGGGGGAGGAGGGAUCGUCAUCCACGCACGUAUCAUCAUCCACCGACGUGUCAUCGUCUGAUGAAAGCACGGAUAUUUCCGAUGAGGAGGAGGAGGAGGAAGUAGAGGAGGAAGAAACUGAGAAGAUUGAGACCAUCAAGGAAGAAACAAGUCGCCUGGCCGCUGUGAACCUUGAUUGGACUUGCAUCAAGGCUGUGGACAUUCUGGUAAUGAUGAACUCUUUCGUGCCGAAGUCAGGGAGGAUAGAAUCUGUGACUGUUUACCCUUCUGAACUAGGGCUGCAGAAAAUGAAGGAGGAGGAGGAGAAAGGACCGCAAGCUGUUUUCAAGAGACAGAACAAUGGUGGCGAUGGUGAUAAUGAAGAUGGGGAAGAGGAUGAUGAUGAUGAUGAUGAUGAUGAUGAGAAACCUGAAAUAGACAAUGAGAAGCUGAGGAAAUAUGAGAAAGGUAGAAUGAGAUACUUCUUUGCAGUGAUUGUGUGCGAUAGCCCGGCCACGGCAGACGUGCUCUACAAGUCGUGCGAUGGGCUGGAGUUUGAACGAUCGUCGAAUAUCUUGGACCUGCGCUUCAUCCCAGAUGCAAUGACAUUCACACAGCAGCCACGAGACAGCGCAACAGAGCACAGCAGGGUGAAAUUGACUUGGGAUGACGACGAGCCAUCACGACUGGUCACACUGAGGCGCAAAUUUACUGCUGAUGAGCUGAACGAGAUGGACUUUCAAGCGUACCUCGCGACGGAUUCAGAAAAAGAUGCCGACGGAGAUGAGAGUGAAGAUGAAGAGGAUGAUGCUGAUGAUGAUAAUGAUGGUGAUGAAGAAGAUGCUGACGAUGGCAUGGAUGGUGAUGUGGCAAAGGAGAAAGAGAAGCAACAAGGAGGUAGAGCGGUUGAGGUUUCUCUGGGGAAUGCGGGUUCGAAGAAGAGCAGGAAGUUACAGAACGGUGAUGAAAUAAACGCAGCCAACGGCGGUCGUGCUGAUGGCGAUGGAAAGGGAAAGAAGAAGAAGGGUGGAAAGAAGGAGAAGGCUCAGAGGGACAGGGAGAAGUUCAGGGCAUUGUUGCUUGGAGAGAAAGAGGGAAAAGGGAAAAGCAGUGGCAAAGGAGCCGGCGAUAGCGACGGAGACGAGGAGAAGGAGGGGGAAGAGGAGGAGGAGGAGGAGGAGGAGGAGGAGGAGGAGGAGAAGGAGGACAUGGAGAUCACUUUCAACGUGGGACUUUCGGAGCUGGGAGAGAGAAUGCUGCAGAAGAGGAAGGAGAAAGAGUUGCAUGAGAAGGAGACCGUCUGGGAGAGGUAUUUGAGGAAGAAGAGUGAGAAGAAGAAAGAGAAGAAGAAAGCAAGGGAGGCGGCAGUGAAUCGUCCAUCCGAUGACGAAGAAGCUGCGGAGCAGAGAGGCAGGGAAAAGGAGUCUGGGGAUGCUGUAGUCGAUGGAUUUGACGACCCGUUCUUUGCAAGCGAUGCAGAGGAAGGAAUAAGGGACUCCUCCUCCGACGAAGAAGAAGAUGAUGAGGAGGAUGAGGAAGAAGGACGAGGGAGAGGAAAGGGAAGACAGAGUGACAGAGUUCAGGAGAACCGCAAGGGAGACCGGAAAAAGGGUGGAGAUAAAUUAGAGAAAGGAGAGAAGGACCUGCAAAAGAGGAGAGAAGAGAAGGAGAGGCAAAGGAAAGAGGACGAGAAAGCAAAAGCAGAACUGGAGCUUCUCAUGAUGGACGAUGACCUGCGUGGACGGAACACGGAGGCCAAGGGUUAUAAUCUGAAGUCGGAACGGAGAAAGGAGAAACAAAGGGUAAAGAAGAUGAAAAAGUAUGGCGAGACUGGUGACAAUGAUGCAGAUAUGGAAGGGAUGGACAAGAACAAGGCAACGGUGGACUUCGAUGACCCUCGCUUCAGCUCCCUCUUCACUUCGCAUCACUUCGCUAUCGAUCCAACUGAUCCUCACUUCAAAAAGUCUGCUGGUCAGCUGAGCAUUUUGGCAGAAAAGCAACGGAGGCGGCUACAGGAGAGACAUCAGAAAACACAAGUUAGAGAGGAUUCCAAGGCAGAGGACAAGGGGAAGGGUGUGACUGAUAUGGAUGAUGAGAAGAACGCAAAGCGGAAGGGAAAAGUGGAGCUGGAGUCUCUUGUACGUUCAUUGAAACGGAAAGUGGGAGGUUCCAGCGACAACAAAACUGUGCAUCAAGGAAUGAAAAAAGUGGAUGGCCAUGAGGCGAAGAGGAAACUAACAGGCACGGGCGAACGUGCCGCACCGUCUUCAAUGAAAAAAAGGCCGAAGUUUUGAGUUGUCAGUGAGUGAAAUUCUGUUCUGUGGAGUUUAUGCACCUGCCUUUGCAUUUGCAUUUGCAUUUGCAUUGAUAACCGCCCCGCAGGCAUUGGGAUGUGUGCAGGAUGGAGAUAGCAAGAGAGGGAUAGAGAAAAGGGAACGUAGAGAGAGUGAGAGGGAGAGAGAGAGAGAGCGGGCAGAGUGGAGCAGAGACAAAUGGGAGGACAGACGCAAGAGUUAGAGAGAGGAGAGAGAGAGAGAGAGAGAGAGAGAGAGAGAGAGAGAGAGAGAGAGAGAGAGAGAGAGAGAGAGAGGCUGGCAACGGAAGGGCUUACCCUAGCCCACUGCAUUUAUUUCAUUCCUCCUACAUUGUUGAAAUACCCAAGGGCCUUUGAGCUUGGUGUUAUGAGGUGUUAUGGAAGUUUGAAGAUCUUUCGGGACAGUUCGACGAUACGUCGGUACUUGAUUUUGAAAGGCGACGUCUGAUCUCUGCAGUUAGCUUUGGGUUGAGGAGUUUUGGGAAGGUGAAUGAUAUGUUUUGCCUUUUGCGCUUCUUGAAAGAGACUGCGAACUUCAUUGUGCCUUAGGAUAUCUCAGAGUGUUUGUUCAGUAGGUUCACUUCUUUUUUGUCCUUUUCUCCCUUUCUGCCUACGGUUCACUGAGCAGUUCGUUGUUACGCUUCGGCAGGUUUUCCCUGGCGGGUUUGAAAGCCGCUUAGAGCCGUCAGAGGUGGAAGAUGUAGGUGUAUGACGGCGCAAGGGAGGAAGAAAGGUGACAGCUAAUGUAGGUUUUAUGGGCUGAACAGGUAUUUUAUGGCUGAUGCAGGUGACAGCUAAUGUGUAGCGCCUGUCUGAGGCUUAGCAGGGAAGUGUGUCGGUGCCAUGUGACCGUCCUUUUCUUGCAUUGUCACACACAUCCCCAGGCCUACCUUGUGUGUGUGUAUUGCUCAUCCACGUCUGAUUACGCUGCCAUUUUUGUCAAAAUGUCAGACACGCUACAAUUGAAGGGCGUCUCUCUGCACACAGUUGUAUGUGUGCAGAGGACUGAUCUUGUACGUGUGCAGCAUCCGCACAUGAUUUUCGCGUGAGGACUGAUCUUGUAUGUGUGCAGCGUCCGCUCAUGAUUUUCGCAUGAGGACUGAACUUGUAUGUGUGCAGCGUCCACACGUGAUUUUUGCAUGUCCAAGUUGCUACGGAGGACACGUGUUGGUGGUGUACGACCAUCCUUUUCUUGCACCGGCACAAAUACGCCCAGGCCUUGUGUGUAUUUCUCGUCCACCUCUGGUUACGCCGCCAUUUUCGUCA